UUCAAGUUUGAACAUUGACCGUAAUACCGCCAUUUCACUUUCGAUAUUUAUUAUAUCGAUUAAGCAAUCGAUCUUUCCAAGGUGUAUGUAGAUGGAUUGGUGGAUGUGUGGAAUUGGUGCUGAUUGGUGGUUGUGGAUCUUCCAUUAGAAUUUUGCAGUAUUUUGUAUUACUCAGGUUGUGUUGAUUGAGAUCACGAUGCCGAGCAAGAAGAAGAAAUAUAAUGCCCGUUUUCCCGCGGGUCGCAUUAAGAAAAUCAUGCAGACCGAUGAUGAAGUGGGAAAGGUGGCACAAGCUGUUCCUGUUAUUAUCUAUAUCCUUUUCAACUUUUGCUUCACUUAUGAUUUGUGUUACUAAACUCUUGAGUUAUUUGUAGAGUCACUUUUAACCAAAGCUCAAGAGAUAACCAGUGCAAAGAAUGCCAAAACAUUGAGUCCAUCACAUAUGAAGCAGUGUAUCCUCUCAGAAAGUCGUUUCGAUUUUCUGAAGGAGUUAGUUGCAAGUCUCCCUGAUGUUGUGACAAGUGACUAUGAUGAAGCAGUUAUGUCACCUCAAAUUGGGAGCACAAACUCGAGUGACGGACCACGUUCAUACUCGCGGAGAGUGGAAAAGCAGACUCCUAAUCCUGUACCUGCAAAGGAAGCUCCUGAUGGCUCUCUAAGGGCAAGUUUCGCAACAACGUCAUCUACUGUUGUUGCUGAUUUUUACAAAGAAACGUUGAAUAACACCAACUCCAGUGGCAGUGUGAGUAGUGGUUUUAACAACGCUAAAGAUCUUGUGCCAAAUGAGAGUGAGGACUUGGAUGAAGAUUACGAUACAACAUAGUGUGCUAUCACCGUAUUCACUGCAGUCUUUGUACUAUUAGACAGUGUUCCAAUCCUCUCCGUUUAAUGUGAGUGUAGAGGCAUUAUGAAUUAAUGCUUCCUCAUGGUUUAUGCGUGGAGUCACGCAAAUUGAUGAGAAUAUGGUGUAUGGAAUGAUGACUUGUGUGGAAUGGAAGAAAUGUGGUAAAUACAUUUUUGCUUUUUAAUUUCAUUGUAGGUCUGUCUAGGAUGAUCAAGUGACAAUUGAGAAUGAACUCUUCUUUUUAAUUGUAAAUUCAUUUGUACAAUGAAAAAUUCAUGUUAAUGUCAUUUAUUAAGAAUUGAGACAUUUAUUGCCUCACCACUGGCGUAACAAAGGUGAAGUUAAUUUCAGGUUUUUAUGACAACGUCAUUCUCUUGAAAUAGACCUUUCUCCUUUGUACCAUGAACUGAGGUAAAACCGAUCAUUUAUUUGUGUUUUGUGUGUAUAACCUAUGAAAAUAUACACAAAUACUCUCAUAUUUCUUAUAUAGAAUGUAUAAAAUGUGUAACUUUUCAUUUAAUUAUUAUUAUAUUUUUAGCAACUCUUGAAGUAGGUUUUCUGCCAUCUCACAAUUUUGGAAUGGUUGAAAUUAUCUUGCAUUGGAGGUAAAAUUGAUGCAGCAUCUCUUCAUUCUCACCUAUCCUAACAGAAAGUUCUCGGUGUCAACUGAAGAAAUGCUGUACCCAUUCUGAACUGAGCCAAUUGUCCUUAAAACUGUUUCUCAAGUUUACCAGAACGAUUUUUAUUUCCUGAAACAUUAUGGCUUUUCAAUGGAAAACCCAUUUUAUUGUGGACUGCCCUAAUUAAGUAUUCCAAGUAAUAAUUUUGUUUCCUGUGGGACAAUGUUCAUUUUUAUGAAUUCUUGAUUUGCUCUGCAAAAAAAAUCUUCAUACAUUUAUAUGUAUCAGGGAAAUAGAAAUUUUAUUAUGGAAUAUAGAAAGCAUGAUCCCAAUCAGACUAGUCUACAACCCCCAUCUACACAAAAAAAUAUUUCAUUUUCAUCUAACACUCAGUAUUUUAAUAGUUUGUUUCAUUCCUUCCAAAAAAAUUAAUCUUGAUGCAAAUGAUCUGAUUUAUCCCCGCUGGUCGGUUUUACCUCAUUUCAUAGAAUCUGUUCUUAUUAAAAUCAAAAUAUCACAUAAACGUUUGAAAAAAACUGAUAGCUUAAGUUACAAUAUAUAAUUACUGGAAGGCAAAUUAACUGAGUUCACAGUUAUUGUCUGUAACUGAACCAUCUUCAUGUAAGUUGUGUAUGGUGAAUGUACAUAAAUGUAUACAAAGCUCUAAGAACUUACUUAUGAGGUAAAGUUGAAAUCAGAAGAACUACUGGAGAACCAUCUACAGAGAAUGAUGUAGAACAUACUCCCUUAUAGUACAAAGGUCACACAAUUGAUGUAAAAAAAAGUAGAAAGUAGACUUGGAACCAAUUUAAUAUAUUUGCAUGAUAAAGGAAUCAAUGUUAAAUGAUCUAGAAAAUUCAUAAAAUUGCUUAGGUUAAAGUUGUCAUCAAUUAUUUCUUUGUACAUUGAACCUGUAUUCCCAUGCUGCCAAAAUCUAAGAUUCAUUUAAAAUUUGUUAAUUACAAAUAUAGUUGAAUCUUUUCAUUGCAUUUGUUAAUAUCCUUGGAUUUGAUUUUUUUUUCUGAAGGCUCAUCUUUCUUUGAAUGUUUCUUAAUACCCAUUCUUUUUUUUUAUAUUUCAUUUUUUUACUUAAUUUAUUACUUAUUUCAAAGCACUGAAUGUAUUUCAGGUAAUUGAUCAUAAUUCAUUCUUGAAAUAAUUCACAAAUGCUGCUGUAAUAUAUUGCAAUAUUUUUACCAAAUAAGUAAGUCAUACUGAUUGCCAUAAACAAUUUUUUGAAGUAUUAAUUUCAUAAAUUGUCCUGGAGUGAAUUUGAGGGUUGUUUAAUACGAUUUUAUUUGUAGAAAGAUUUAUAUAUUUUGAUAUGUUUAACAAGAAAAUUCAACAAAAAGUGGAGAUGAAGGUGAGCACUUUACCUGAUUAUUGAGCAAGAUAAGGUGUUGACCAUCAGAUUGAACAGCUUUGUGAGACAUUCCAGUGGUAGGAUGGGGAGGGAAGAAAGUAGAAGGAACGAGGCUGCACAUUUUAAAGAUGGUAUAAAGUCUUUUGUUUCUUCUCCAUUUAAAAUUCUAAAUGAUCAGUCUGCAGUUGUUAUCGUAAUAGUUAAAAAAAAUAUUUAUGUUUUACCCUAAUAUUAUGAUAAUGGUAUAAAGAAUGAACAUGGUCUAUCAUAAUUUUCAUGAUUAGUGACAGUUUAGAUUUGUGUCUAAAUGUCAUGCACUGUAGAGGAUCAAAAGAGGGAAAAUGAUUUCAAAUGCAAAUUUAGACAUUUAUUUGGGAUAUUUUGAGCAAUAUUUGACUUUUGGUGACCCAAAGACUUGUGAUAUUUGUUGGGCACUUUAGAUCCAUUGAAAAUUAUAAAUGAGAAAUAGUCUUUUUGUUACCUAGACUAUUACGAAACUAAAUGUUUCAAUUGGAUAAUUUUUAAAUAUUCUUGAAUUGGUAAGUCCAUGGAAAAUGAUACCUUAGAUGCAAAUUAGGUUUUUAAUAGUGACACUGAACAUCAAUUGAUAGCAAAUAUAAUAUUUUUAUAUUUGUAAUGUUUCUAAGCAAGCCCAAGAUUGUGUGAAGCGAUUUUGUAAAUAAAACAAAACGAGGAUUCUUAAGACUGAAACAUAUUCUGAAACAAAUAUAUUUGAACAGAUAUUAAGAAACAAAAUUUUUUUUAAAGAAACAAGAUUUAAUACCUGUCCAAAGUUAGAAUUUGUUUGCUUUGUGACCAUUGAAAGUCAAAUGCAUUGCACAAUUAAAUUAUGCCAAAAAUAGAUGUUAUUGAUGUUACAUUCUUUUUUCUUAGUGUCAAAUCAUUUAGUUAUAACAAAAUCCAUGUCGUCAAUAGUUUUGUCUUUGUUUUUAAGUUUAAAAAAACACUACAAUGUACAUUUUAUUAACGUACUAUAGUCAUGGGCCUACCAAUGAUAUUUUUGCUUUCUUAGAAUAAGUAAUUGUAGAAUUUCAUGAAAUAGUACUGCUGAUGUGGAAAUAUUCAUGUUUUGUACAAUUACAUUCCACUUUUUUGAAGAGUGUUUUUAAAUGAACUUUCAACAUGUUAGUGAUCAGAAAGCUUAUUUUUUAAUUCCUUGAUGUGGUAAUUUGUGUGUAACUGGUUUUGAGAACUGUUAGAGAGUUGUUUAGUCGUGGCAUAUUAUGAAAAUGUUGGUUUUAAGGACUUUUUUUUUAAAAAAAAAUUGUUUAAAAAAGCAACAAACUAUUGAGAUAUGCUCAAGUACAUAUUCAUAUUUCAGUCUCAAUAUACUUGAGUAAUGCAAAUUUCCUAGCCUGAAAAAAUAUUUUGAAUAUGAGAGCAACAAAUUACCUCAAGCAUAAUGAAACAAAAUUGAAUUCCGCCUCUUUAAUACCUACGAAUAGUUUAAUACUAAUAUUCAGUUUAUAAUGAAUCCCUAUUAAACUAUGUACAAAUAUGAAAAUUGCCUAGAUGAAACUGCAGUUCUGCACUGUUUUUGCUGAAGACACCUUAAGAUGAGAUGAAGUUCCAUGGAAGGCACUAAAUGUCUCAAAACAAGUUCAUCUUCUAAUUUAACCUAUCUGCUGUUCAUAUAAGGUGCUUUAAAUUUUUGUGUUCAGUAUUUUAUUAGAGUGCUAAGUCCAUUUUGAUUGCAAAUAAUUAAAUAAUUUAGUUAAAUAAUGCAAAUAUAGCAAUGUAUUAUUUAUUGUAGUCAGAAAUGCACAUAUUCCUUUUGGAAUAUUAUUACAAAACAUAGUUAUAUUCUUUAUGUACUUGUUGUCUUAGAAGUACAUUUUGUAGCAAUAUACUUUUCGUACAAUUUCUUAAUAUUUUAUCAUAAAUUCCAGUUGGACUAAUAAUGGAAUUUUUAGUUUUGAAUAUGUAUGUAUAUUAAAAAUAGCAGAGAAUAUUUGAAAAAUAUUUAUUACUGUCUCUUUCCCAGUUAACCUCAAAGAAAGAGAAUCAGAAGAGAAAAAUGUGUCACAGUAAAGGUUAUGUAACUGUGUAAUAAGAGCUUGACUAACUCAUUUGGCCUUUUUCCUCUGUCUUAUCUAUUAAUAGUAUUGAACUGAAACUACUCUCCAAAGAAACUGAAAAUUAAAUAUAGGAGAUAAUGUAAAUUGUAGUUCUUGGACACUUAAAUGAUGUAAAACAACUUUUUGAAAGGAAGAGUAGUGAAAGGCAAAUUCAGUGUUUCAGACAUCCUAAAUUUAUUUAUUGUAUUAUUAUUAUUUACUUGAUAAAUUUAAACUGCAUGAAGAUCAGAGCGAAUUGUUAUGUCAGAUACUUUCAAUUGUCAUUUCCACAGAAUAUAAUUUUCUUAAUUCGAAGUUCCUCUAACAAAUCAGCUUUGUUUAAUUUGCGAUACAUUCAAGUUGCCUUGACAAUUACCUGUAGAAUUUUGCAACAAAGAUCUUUCUUCACUAUAUACUGAAACCAAGGAACAUGUACCAUCCAUAAUUUGAUAGAAAGUUUUGUAUCAGUAUUGCACUAAGAAGAAAUGCUAUUGGUCAGUUUUUGAUCUUUUCAUUCAUUUCUUAGCAUAAACUUGGCUUAGUUGAAUUUUGAAACUUUGAGAUUUAAUUUUUACAUUUUACUUUUACAACAUUGACUCUGAAAGCGUGUGUCGGGGGGGGGGGGGCAUGACCCAUUGAGUCAUGUGUAUCAGAACAUUCCUGAGGACUUGGUGCUCUAGGAAGAUUUGAAUUUUAUUGUCAUAGUUGCAUUGUGUGAUUUGUGACAUAAGAUAUCGUUUAAGAUGAGCUCAGGGGAAAAAUGCAAACUGAUAUUUAAUGGUUAAAUUAAAUAUGGGUUUAUUUGCAUGCUUUAAGGAUCGAACAUCCGCAGUGUGUUGUUUGCUUUGAAGGAUUGAGCAAUGAUGCCAUGAAACCUAGUCAUCGUGAACGACGUUUGUCAACAGAACAUGCUUCUGUUAAAGACAGGCCAUAGGACUUUUUUGCUGCUAAGUUUGCACAUUUAAAUUGCAUUAAAUUGGAUAGUAUUGGAUCUUGGUUGAAUUAUCUGAAAAAGUGCUUGAAGCAUCAUAUGAGCUACCUCUUCUUAUAACUAGGCAAAAGAAAAGUCAUAUUAUUUGAGAGACACUUGUUAAACUAUGCCUGUUGAAGCCAGCUAAUGUUGUUCUUGGAAGACAUAGUACCAACAAAUUAUCACAAAUAACAUUAUCUGGCCCUGUGAAAUUCUGCAUUGAUGAUAUGGCCAAAAACAUCAACUAGACGGGCUUCAACAGCACAUGCUUUCUCGUUAUUGGAAUCGGCUAUGUAAUAUUGAAAUAUUGAAUUUUCUGUGCUACUAACACCUCAGCUAUUACUUGAAAGCGUACAAUUCAAACAAAGCGCCUGUGAUGCAUAUCUUCAUUCAUUUUGAUAGUCAGGAGCAGGAAUAAAUUUGAAUGAUACGGUAUACAGAAGCAAAAGUUUAUGGGUUAGUAGUGUAGUUAAUCAUAUACAGUUCUUAAAUAAUUGAGAGUAAUAAAUCAAUUAAAUUACUAAUGUUCUACUAUAUGUAAUAUUAAUUUAAGUUAUUACCGCCUUAUUAUAUAUUGACACUGCCUCAAA